AAAUUCAGUUAUCUGAAAUGCCCUCCCAAAGAAAUGUUGCAUUGCUGUAUGAGCCAACUUUUCCAGCCUUGAGUGUGCAUUCAAAAAACUGUCCCACAGUUUUUACUACACAUUUUAGAAUACAUCCCAAGAAUAGCAAACUUCCAUUGGCAAAUGUAAGGAAAAGGAUGUGGUGAUACAGAGAUUGAACACCAAUUGGGAAAUUGGGAAGUAGAAAAUUACAAGGUGCUACCCAGCAGCAUUCAAACAAUAUCAGGAAUAACAGGUUCACACCGGGAUCAUUUUUCAAGUAUUUUUCCCCGUGAGCUUUUGGCUUAAUCAGAGCGAUGACGACCACAGAAGCCUAUGAUUAUGAUUUUGCUUACUCGACAGACUACCCUGAUAGUAACACAGAUUUACCAAUAAGUGUUUGUGAGAAAGAGGAUUUGCAAUCAUUUCUAUCCUUUUUUGCACCAAUUGUUUUCUACAUAUUGUUCGUUUUGAGUAUAACUGGAAACGCGUUGAUCCUAAUUAUUCUUGUGAAGUGGGAAAAAUUCAACACGGUCACUAACAUCUUCAUCCUAAAUCUAGUUAUCUCAGAUGUAUUAUUUUCGGCUACCCUUCCAUUCACGGCUUUCUAUAUUUAUUCCUCCUGGAUCUUUGGAGACUUGAUGUGUAAACUGACAACUGCCUUUUAUUAUUCUGGGUUUCAGAGUUUUGUCAUCUUUCUCACACUGAUGACAGUUGAUCAGUAUUUAAUGAUUGUUCACUCUUGGUCUUCUACUUCCAGAUCUAGAAUCCAAUAUGCAGUAAACAUAAGUGUAAUUGCUUGGUGUCUGAGCAUAACGUUAAGUCUCCCAGAUGUCAUACUUUCAUCAACAAAAGAAAAUGAUUUUGGUGAUACUGUAUGUGAAAUGUUAUCUAUUCAAGAUAAAAAAAAUUGGUGGAUAGUAAUAGGGCAUUAUAAACAUUUUUUUUUAUUUUUUAUCGUCCCUAUUGUUAUUAUAGUUGCUUGCUAUAUAGGAAUAGUUUUAAAACUCACUACAUGCCAUAUUCGAAGGAAAGCUAAAGUUUUUAAACUCAUAUUUGUCAUUGCUUUCCUUUUCUUUCUUUGUUGGAUCCCUUAUAAUAUUAUUAUGAUCCUUAUGUUUCACGGAACCAUUGAAUCGUUUAAAAAUUGCAAUAGUAUUCUACACUAUGUAUUUUACAUCUUCCAAACACUUUUGUAUUUUCACUGCUGCAUAAAUCCUCUUCUUUUUACAUUCUUAGGAACCAAAUUCAGAAGGCACUUUAGUUGUUCAUUUUCAAAUCUUUGUUUACCAAGAGUAAUGUCAAUGGAGCACGAUAUGAGUCUUAGAACAAGCAUGUUAAAUGCAAUUUAAAAACAAAACUUUGAUUACAUUUCCUAACGCACUACAAGUCAUAUAUUAUCAAACCUGUAAAAAGGGUUGGGAGUCAGGUCAACGGUUCCUAUUUGAUAGAUGCAUUCAAUGUUCUUUGCACUUUGAUUUGAUUUACUGCACUGGAGACUAAAGAAGUUCAACUAAUCAUAUUCAACUUCUAACAUUAUCCAGCUACAUUAUAUAUCAACCCUGUAAUUGAUUAAUGAUAGUAGAUUGCUACUUGCUUCUACUAGAAGACCUGUCAGUACAGAACAUUGCUCAGCAAGGGAGCAUCUAUUCUGCAUGUUAUAAAUAUGUCGGUAACCUCUCUGCCCCAUAUGUAGCACACCCCAGUUGCAUCUUGGGUCAGAUCUGUAAGCCCAAAUGUUUGCUUUUCUUAAUGCCCAUGGCAUUUUUCAAUCAUCAGAGAAGCUCUUUGAAACAGAGAACAAAGACUUGCAGCAAUAGAAGAAAGGCUACAGUGUGUUAAGUGCAAAAAAUGGCCUAUUGCAGCCUCUUUUGCACUUUGCACACAGUGUUCUUUAAAACAAAUGACACCUAGUAUAAAACGCAUGCUCAAUGUAUGCUUAAUUUUCUUAAAAAAAAGACUUUCUGUUGAAAAAAGGAAAUAUAUAUUUAUGAAAUGAGCAGUCAAGUUUUGAAU